CCAUUAAAAAUACAAUGAAAAAAGUACGAACAUGUACUUACAUUAUAUUCCAAAAAUCUUAAGGUGACUUAUAUAUUUAGACAUCCAAAGAUAAAUAGGUUAAAUUUUUGACCCCCUUCGCUCUGUUAAUAAGUUAACAACUUGAAUACAGCUAUACACGUUUCCUGUUAAGGAUCGGCAGAGUUCUGUUGACCUGACUUUUAAUUUUGUUUUUGUCUCCUGCAAAUCCUGCAAACCAAACAAUAGAGGUAAUAAUUUAGUGCAUAAAAUUGGAAUCCACGUACCUAUACGUAAAUGCUGGGUCGGCACAUUAAACAAUCAACAAAUAAAAUUGUUAACCGUGACGUAUUAAUAUAAUGUGUCGAGUCUCAUAUCAACACAAUGGAUGUGAGAAUUAUGUUGGGUCGUAGUGAAUUGUAUGUUAUAAGCUUUUUUAAUUAAAAAAAGGUUCAUAUUUGGUAUGUCGAACACUUACGUUCUAUAAAUCAUAGCGAGUUAACUCAAUUGGUGAAAGUAGGAAAUAGGACAAUAUGAAUGGAGCUGCUAGUGUUUGGUUUUUAUUCUGUUUGUUUAUUGUGAUACAUCAUGUAAUUUGCUAUCAAGCUUGGAAAAAAUGUGGAAAUGUUCAUAUAACGAUAUCCGCAGAUAUACACUCUUAUUUAGAGCUUAAUUGGAUAACGGAUUGUCAAAAUGAAAACGAUGUGUAUCCACAAUACAUCGAUCUAUAUUCAAGAAACAUUAUUGAUCGAGAUGAAAGUACUAUUCCUUUAGUAAGAGUCAAUGCCUCGGCAUUUCCUGGUGGUUACUUCAAAACAAAAAUUAAAUUCAGGAUUCCUUGGUUACCAGGAAGUUGGGAUUACAACGUCCCAUUUUCAAGGCCGGAACCUGGUUCGCAUUGUUUUCCCUAUUGGAUUGCUUCAAUAAAAAGAGAAGAAGUUCUGGAUUCAAAAUGCUUUGGAAUACAUCCCACUUGGAUGAACGAUAAUAGAGCUACGCUAGGUAAAAAGAAAAUAGGAACACUAAUUCUACCUGGAACUCAUAAUUCAGGGUCUUUUAGUGGUAUUCCACCGCUGUUUGAAAACUAUGUCCUCAAUCAGGAUAGAAAUAUUUGGACCCAAUUGGUGUAUGGUGUUCGAUAUCUGGACUUUAGAGUAGGCUACUACGAAAACGAAGGGUACUUUAUUAAUCAUGAUUUAGUUCGUGUGACAAAGGUUCUUCCAUUGUUUAGAGAAAUUAGAAAAUUCCUAGAAUUUGCUCCAAAGGAAAUAGUAAUUCUUGAUUUUCACCGUUUUCCAUAUCCGUCCAAUUUUAACUACACACUGCACAAAAACUUCGCUAAUUUGGUGUACCAAGAGCUUGGAGACUUGGCUUUGGCUCCAGAAAGCUUACAAGAAGGUAAAGGACCUGCCAUGAACGAAAUAUGGGCCAGAAACAAGAAUUUAAUUAUUUGUUAUUCGGAUAGAACAACAGUCAGUGAAAACAACUGGUUAUGGGAUCCAUUAGUUCAGUACUGGGGCAAUAGAAAAAAAGUAUCGGAACUAAAAAACUUUCUUCAAAGAUCCAUUAAAGAGAGAAGGAUAACCUUAAACCCCCUUUGGGCUCUCAUGGCAGAAUUAACACCUCAAACAUUGGAUUUGGUUUUUAGAACGAACAAUUUACGUCAACUUGCUGAUGACGUGAAUAAACACGUCACAAAGUGGGUGAGAGACGAAUGGAGUGACGAGGUUAACAUAGUUGCCACUGAUUAUUUCCUAGGUAACGACCUUAUCAACAUUGCAAUAGAUGUAAAUACUAGAUAAUAAGUGUGUUGACCAAUAUAAUAGGUAAAUUACCUUGUUCACUAAGUAAUACUAAUAAAACUUUUAAGU